AUGUCGACUCCGAACAACAGGUCGAAUAGAAAGAAAGGGAAAGUGCGACGCUGGCUGGAAGGUCUAUGCUGCGUCUCAUCGCCCGAGGAUCCAGUCGCGCCAUCCACCCAGCGGCGCUCGUCUUCUCCCAAUACAUCAGGCGUCAAGAAUGGGGCAUGGGCUGGGCUUCGGCUGACUCUCAGGACACUGAGAGACACUCCUGCGAUGUUCGGUCCACUCGUCUCCGCAGCCAACGUACUUCUCGACUGCUUCGAUACUAUCGAGGCGGUCGCGCGGAACCAGCAAGACUACGAGCAACUGGCCACCGAGCUUGACGCGCUCAGCAAAUCGCUUGUCACGACAUGCAACGAGGUCGCAACAGGCUCAGCUGCCGACUGCGUGACUGGGAUCGCCAAUACUAUCAAACGAGAGGCGAAUGAGAUCGACAGCAAACUCGAGCGCGGGACUGGGAGACGAGCGCUGAUGGCGAACGCGGACGAACAGGAUCUGAUGAGGCGGUACGGGCGGAUACAGUCGCUGUUUCGGCAGCUGCAGACGAACAUCGGGAUGAGCACCUGGGCAAACACGAACGAACUAGUGGUGAAAGCAAGGCUUGGGGAACUGAACGCAGAAAAGAAGGCAACAUACGACUCACAGCUCUCGGGACCGACCAACCGACGGACAUGCACCGAAGGCACGCGGGUCAAAGUACUCGACGAACUCAAAGCCUGGGUGCUCGAGGCAGCCGGACAGUCAGUAUACUGGAUGAGCGGCAUGGCGGGGACUGGCAAGACCACGAUCGCAUGCACGUUUGCCAAGUGGCUCGAAGCCGAGAAGCUGCUGGCGGCGAGCUUCUUCUGCACGCGAACCUCUGCCGACUGUCAGGACGUAACCCGGAUUAUACCGACGGUCGCAUACCAGCUUGCACAAUACUCUAUCCCGUUCCGGUCGGCGCUGUGCGAUAUUCUCGGCAACAACUCGGAUAUAGGGUCGAAGGACAUCGCGGCGCAGUUCGAAAAGCUGAUACUAGAACCGCUAAACAGAACGAAGGACGACAUACCGGACGGGAUGGUGGUGGUGAUCGAUGCGCUGGAUGAGUGCAAAGACCAAGGCGGAGUGGGAAAGCUACUGGAUAUGCUGUUCAAGCACGCUGCUCAGCUGCCAGUCCGGUUCUUCGUGACCAGUCGACCCGAGUCGGGGAUCUACGCAACGAUGGCGGCGCACGCAGCGUCUCACGAGGCUAUACACCUGCACAAGAUCGAGGAGUCGCUGGUCAGCGCGGACAUCAAGCUGUACCUGGAAGAGGUGCUUGCGCCAAUCUCACCUCGGGCAUCGGACAUCGAGGAGCUUGUUCGACGCUCCGGGGUGCUGUUCAUCUAUGCGGCCACUCUUUUCCGCUACAUCUUGCCCACGGGCCGGAAGGCUAACUCGCAGAAACGGCUCUGA